AUGGCCACACAGCUAGACCGACUGCUGGCUAUCCCUGAGAUCUCGGACUCCACCGACUUUCCAGACAGUACGACCGCGCCCGGUCUGCGCACCCUCGACGACGCCCUCCGCUGCGACAUUUGCCGUGACUUCUACGACGCGCCAGUCUCUCUGAACUGCGGACACUCCUUCUGCUCCGUGUGCAUACGUUCUGCACUCCCCGUAAACUCAACAUGCCCAUCGUGCAGGAAAGACGCGUCAGAGAUUCACUUGCGGAAGAACGCAGCCGUAGAGAGCGCAGUGCAGGCAUGGAGGAUCGCUAGACCACUCAUCCUACGACUCGCCAAUGAAGAACACGCGAGAAAGACGUGUCCAGUACCACUAAAGUCUACCAAGACGCACCUAGACGAGCCUGCACGGAAACGCAAACGAAGUGGUAGCCCGGUGAGCGCGUCGGACGACGAUCCCAUCGUGCUCUCGUCAAGUCCUGCUCCCUCUGGAUCUGCUACGCCUGAUGCACUCCCUGGCACCGUCGAUUGCCCCAUAUGCCAGAAAGCGGUCCUCACCCAGAAGAUCAACAUUCAUAUCGACAGUGACUGUAAACGGCACCUAGCGAAGACUGUCAACCAUACGGCUCCUGUUGACGCAAAGGGCAAGCAGAAGCAGCAGUGGUCUAAACUACUCGGUGGCGCGGGAGCCUCCACCGGCGGCGCCAAAGGCAAGGAGAAGGGAAAGGGUAAAGUCAGAUUAAGGGAAAACGAGGACGACGCCGAGCCCGAACACCUCCCCAAAGUCGCGUACGACAUCCACCCGCAGAAGCGCAUCGUGGAGUUGCUGAACGAAUGGGGCCUUUCGACGCACGGCGAGAAGAACGCGCUGAUCAAGCGACAUAGCAGAUGGAUAGUGUUGUAUAACGCGAACGUGGACCGCGCGCCGGAGAACCGUAAGACGAUCGAACAGCUGAGGAUUGAUCUGCGCCGAGCCGAGGAGGCGGAGCAGAAGACCCGCAAGGAGGUCGUUGAUGACCCUGUUGCGUAUCAGAAGGCAAACAAGUCGACGUUCGCGAAGCUCACAGAAGCGGCGCGGCCGAAGAAGGCUGCGCGAACGUCGGAAGAAGCACCUACCCCCAUCGGUGCUCCGCCACCCUCAGCGAUCAUGGAUUUAGUGGAGGAAGCAACACCUCCCGAGGUCGUUGAGAUCGACUGA